UUUUUCACACCUGUGCCUUUAGGAUCAGACCGUUACAAACUUACACUCCCCUUUGCAGCUUUAACCUCCCUCCUCGGUCUCUGAAAAAUCUCUGCCCUUUACUGCCUCACCCUCCCCUCCCUUGUCCCUCCCUCUGUCAGAUUUUCAAAUCAUUUGGUUCGGUUUCAGAUCUGCUGAGUGACGGCCUCCACACCACAGGCUAUGAACCGAUCGUUGUCGUCAAAGUUCGCCAAGAAAGCCUCUCCGGCACCGCCACUGGCGACGGCGAACAAGAAGAAGAAGCAAAAGGAGCAGAGCCGUCGAAAUCCACUACGGGAUCUCAAUGCCGUCACCGUUGGCACUAGCAACACUGGCAGCGACGCUUCUUCUUCAAUCUCGGUCGAAGCCCCACGAGGUUGCCUCAGGUUCCUUCUCUCUCAUUCUUCUUCCUGUAAUUCAAAAACCCCUCUUUACACACCUAAAACUCUCUCCAAAACCCCGAAAUCAGCUCCUGCUGUAAGGCCUACAAGACCAUCAAAAUCCAAGGAUAACCGCUCCAAAUUCAAUGCUUUGGAAAACCCGGAGAAACCCACCUCACGAAAUGCAAGUAAAUCUACGACCAAUUCUUCUAGAAGUGGACCAAGUCGAAAACUUGUUGUUUCAAAAUCAAAUGGAAAUUCCCUGGGUAAGUUAGAAUCUGGGUCUGAGGUGGAAGGUAGUAUUGUAAGGGUGGUGGGCAAUGCAGGUCAGCCCACUGAGCUCAAAUCAGAUGGUAUUGAUGGAAAUUUUACUCCUUUGAGUAAGAUACCGACUGGGUUGGGUUUGGACUCCAAGGCUGAUAAGGCUGAGGAUGUGCUCGAGAAUUCUGACAAAUCUAAUAGUAGAACCCCACCAGUUCAGGCCUCCGUAUCUCCAGAGAUACAAUGCGGAUCAUCUGUGGUGUCCACGAGCAAGCUUGCUUGUUAUUCUGCUGGUCAUGUCCUUUCAGGGAUCACUGACAAGAGGAAGUGCAGAGGUAAAGGAAUUCUCAGUGUAGGACAGAAUGAUUCGGGCUUCAGUAAAGGGAAGGCUUUAGGCAGCUUUGAGGAUGAUGACGACAACGCAGAUGAUGAAGGUGAUGGUCAUGUUGAUGGAACUGGCAAAGGGGUUGUUGGCAAUCUGGAUGCUUCGGUUGUUCCUUUACCUACUGAAGCUUCAAUGCAUUGGCUUUUGUCACCGUGUGAUGAAGGGGAUGAGGAUCACAAGGAGCAUUCCGAUAAUAGCUUACAGAAUUCUGUAGGUCCUGUGAAUCUUUAUUCUCCAUUUUCAACCUCAGGUCGUCAUGGAUUUUCUUCAGAUGUAUGUGAAAAUACUAACAUGGAAAGUACUACUCAUUUUAGCAGGAGUACUUCAACUUCUCCAAGUUUUCAUGAAGUUCUGGAGCCCGUAAAUGAGCAUGUUGGUGUUUUGUCUUCUCCGCAUUGCACACCUUGUUGUGAGGCUGUAACUCUGGAAGAGGAAAGAAAACUCCACUAUGGCCAUGACAGUGAGACUUCUCCAUUUUCUAUGGUUUCACUGGACAGUGGCAAUGUUAUCUGUACUCCUCAAUCAGACUCGAGUAUAGAAAAUCAUAGGAAACACUACUUUGAUUCUGAACUGAGUUCAGUAGCUGAAGCUAUUCAGAUGGCAAGCUUGUCCCCAAGACGAACAGUCAGUGUACUGAUUGAGGAUCAGAUUGAAUCCAGUUUCCAGUUUGAAUGUCUAACCACAGCUUGCAGUUCAAUCAGUCAAUUGCAUAAAGUUUUGGAUGAUCGCGCUUCCUGGCUCUCCAACUCUACACUAGAGAAUAUAUCACAAUCGGAGAUGAGGAUUUCAUGGAGAGAAGGGUUAAUGAGUCAUAUCGACGAUAUGGAUGAAGAUGAUUGCUGCAGAUGUUUAUCGGAUGAAGAGAAAGAUAUCAAUGGGUGCGGCAAAGAUCCAUUAAAAAAGGAAGAAGCAAGUCGUAGUCCUGAACUCAAUGUCCAGGUAGGGGAAGAAGAUGAGAAUGUAACUUAUAAGUUGCGGACGGCAGAAGUUUUGGAUGAUGAAGGAGGCGGCAUUCGUCCUAAGUCGUCAUCAAGAAUGUGUGCUACUGCUGAGUCGAUAAGCACUGAUGGAGGUGGAGGGUUGCUUGCUUCAGGGGAUUCAGAUUGGAGUCAGUGCUACAAGAAUGAGCUGUUCAAUGCAUAACACAGAUAUCCUUUGAUCUCUUCUCUGGUAUGUUUCUACUUGCAGUAGAGCAAGUGCGACAAUCCUUGACCGGUCCAAAGUGGUUGUUUUUGUUUCGUUUUUUCCUGCAGGCGGAAAUGGAUAAACAAUAUUACCGCUUAAAGGACCAACAAGAGUGCAUGCACUGUUGUAUCCAUAGUUGCUAUAAUUUGAGUUAUGUAUGACAUAAAUUCUCUCCGAUUCAAUUUAAUUGAGAUGUUUCAAAUUCUGCGAAAGCAGGC